AUGUAAGAAGUAAAAAAAAACUAUAUUAGUAUUUUAGAUCUAUGAAUUAAGACAUGGAAAAUUGUCUAGAAUUGUAGAUUGUGUUAUUUAUAUCAGUUCACAUACAAAAGCAGAAACUCUAGUUAAUUUAGCUAGUGAAAAUAAUGUGAAAUUGUGUGUCUAUGGUGGUGGUAUUAAUGUUACUCGGGCUUUGUAAUGUCCAAAAGAAGAAAAGAGAAUGAUUGUGUCUGUAGAUAUGUCAAGAAUGAAUCAUGUUAGAUAAGUGGAUAGAAAGAAUAUGACUGAUAUAGUAGAGACUGGAAUUACAGGUAAGGAUUUGGAAAAAGAGUUAUCACGUUAUGGAGUUGCUUGUGGUCAUGAACCUGACUCUGUGGAGUUUUCUACACUUGGUGGUUGGAUAAGUACUAGAGCAUCAAGUAUGAAAAAGAAUAGUUAUGGAAAUAUUGAAGAUAUAGUACUUUCAAUUAAAGUAGUAACACCAACUUGUACAUUAUAAUAAAGUUUUGAUUAUCCUAGAUUUAGCAGUGGACCUGAUUUGAAUUAAAUUAUUUUAGGUUCAGAGGGUACUAUAGGUAUUAUUACUGAAGCAAUAAUUAAAAUUAAAGCAUAUUUAAAUUUAAAGUAUGUAAAUAUGAAUCUAUUUUAUUCCAUAAUUUUGCUUUAGGUAAUGAAUUUAUGUAUCAAUUAUCCAGAAGUAAAGUAUGACCUGCAUCAGUUAGAUUAGUUGAUAAUAAUCAAUUUUAAUUUGUAUAGCUUUGAAAACUAUGUCUCAUAACAAGAGGGAAGAAUUUAUGGAUAAAACAAAAAAAUACUUUAUAACUCAGUUUAUGUAAUUUGAU